CGCAAGUCGACUGCAUCUGCGCGGCCAGAGAGCUGACGGCAGUACCGUUCGCCCGGUGCUCGACUUGGGUUUUGUAACUGGCAAGAUUAAGCUCGUGGGCCAAGGCGUCAUGAGUGUGGAGCAUGUCGUGUUGCAAAACUUCAGGGCAGGGAAUCAGAACCAAGCCCCCGGCAUCGACCUGCUCGCCAACUCGGAUCCGGAGCCUGAGGCCCUGCGGCCGCUGCUGUACAUCAACGACAGCGUGCUGGUCAACCGGGUGUGCUACCCGCCCAGGUUCAGACUGCUGUCCGUCCAGACGCUGAUGCGACCGGCCGGCAUCCCGGGCAACAACACCGGAGACCGCAUUCCCGUCGACCCCAGUUGCUCGCCCGACCCCACCGCACCUGUGCUGGACCGCUGCUGGCCGGACAUGGGGGUCUUCUACGACCUGGCCAUGUCGGGCCUGACGUUCGACAAGUUCAGCUACACGGUCCCGACGGGCUGGGACAUCCACCUCAUCAACGUGUACUUCGUCUGCGAGGUAUUGCUGACAGAUGACUGUAUUGCGAGGCUGGGUUUGAUCGGGUGUGCGGUGGCGGCCCUGUCGACAUCUCGGCAAGCGCUGCCCAGCAGCAGCGGCAGCAACAACUCGGCCGCUGCGGCGCCUGCCUCCUCAUCAAGUAGUGGGAGCAGUGGUGGGGGCGCCUCGUUGUCAUCUGGGGCCCUUGCGGCGAUCGUGGUUGGGUCUGUGGCGGUUGCUGCGGCCCUGGCGGCGGCGGCGGCGCUUGUGCUCUUGCACCGCCGCCGCCGCGGCCGCCGUGAUGAGCAGGCGGCGCGGGGGCUCCAGUACGUGUACAGCAGCCGCGGCGAGCAUCAGGAGGAAGGCAACAAGCAGCAGCCGCAGCAGCACCAGCACCAGCAGCAGCAGCAGCGCAGGGACUCCACAGCAAGGGGGUGUGGGGGUGAGGACGGCAGUGGCCGGGACUCGCUGUCUUCGGGCGCGGUGCGCGCUGUGCUCGGCGGUGGGGCGCUCGCAAGCCAUCAACAGCAGCAGCAGCCGGCAGCAGCUGAUGAGCAGCUGUCCGUAGUGGUGCUGCAGCACCAACAGUCGGGUGAUGCUACUGCUGGUGGUGUAGAUGCUACAGCCAACGCGCAGCAGCAGCAGAAGCAGCUUCCAUCGCACCGCAGGACCCUGGUGCUGAAUGCGCCGGCGGCAGCGGCAGGCAGUGGCGUGGGGGUUGGCGGCGGACUGGAGUCAUCGGUUGUGAGCUGCGGCGGUGUUGGCGACGCAGCCACAAACACCCAAACGAGCUCGUCCUCGGCGGUCUUGUGGGGAAGCGCCAGUGCUGCUGGCAUCGCGCCGAGCAUGGACGCUGACCGCCUUCAUGGAGGCCGAGGCGGAGGAGGCGGCCGGAUGCUCGCGGGGCUAGGUGCCAGCUCGGCUGCUGGUGACAACACUGCUGAUGCCGCUAGCACAGCUGUGGCACAGGCGGCCGCACGCACGGGAGCUGAGCAUACAAGCGACGUGGCAACGUUUGCGGGUGCGUCGGCGGCUGCUACAGCCAUGCUGACCGUGCUGCUACAGCCUGCCGCGGAGAGCAGGGCCCACGGCAGGAUUAAACUUGAGGCCGCGGCAGUUGACCCGCACCAGCCUCCCCCGCUUGCUGGCAAGAGGCAGGUGUGUGCGGAGGUACCAAUGCUGUCAGACCCCGCCGCCGCGGCGCUGGCGGCUGCAGCUGCGGCAGCUGCACGAGGGCUGGGCGGCGGCAGCGGCGGGGCGGCACUGGAGGGGUAUGGGGACGAGCAGUCUAUCGGCGGCGGGGGAGAGGACAGCGGUUUACUGCUUCCUCUGCGGGCUGUGUCGUUGAUUGUCGGAGAAGCAGCUACUGCCGCUGCUUCAGUGCCUCGCCCGCCGCGACAUCUUAAUGUAGCGGCAGUAGAAGCAUCGGCCGCGGCGGCGGCGGGGGCAACGGCGGCAGCAGCAGGUGGCGGCGACAGGGCCGGGGCUGCCGGCAACAGCGGCAGUAGCAGUCACUGGCCGACCAGUGCGGGCGACGUGGCGGCGGCACAGGCAGGAGCGUGCGUAGUCACGGCAAACACGCCCGUUCGAGCUGAUGUAAACCUAGGCCUGUCGGCAGUACGGGCAGCUGCUACUGCCGGUGGCGGCGGCGCCACCAGCAGUGCUGCUACUGCCGCUGCCGUUUCGGCCAAGAGCUUGUUUGCUUCGUCCGGCACUCUUGGCACGGCCUCGUCUCCGGCGGCGGCAGCGGCGGUUGGGCUACACGGCGGCGGCGGCGGUCACAUGCACGGCGAGCUGACCACUACGAGUGACAGCUACGGCGGCGGCGGCGGCGGUUUUGCUACGAGCAGUGGCGGCCACUUCAAUCGCCAUCAUCAGCUGCACAGCUCCUGCAGCAGCCAAGCCGAGCAGCAGCAGCAGCGGGCGCCAGUGUCAGCUCCAGCUGCUGCUGCUGCCGGCGGCGCCUCGACAGCAGGUGCGGCUGUAGCAGCAAUGCCGUCAGCGGCAGUAGCUGCUGCCGCCGCCCUGUCGGCGGAGGAGGAUGACGAGGUUCACCUACUACCAGUCGUUCGCGGGCGCGGCUCGUUUGGGAGGGUCGUUGAGGGAAUGUAUAAGGGCCAGCGCGUAGCAGUGAAGCUGAUGACUGCAGCGGCGGCCGCCGCGGUUGCAGCGGCGGCGGCGCCUGACGGCGGCGGCGGCGAUGACGGUCAGGACUCCGCCGAGGGCCACCUGCGGGACGGUGGCGGCGGCGACGGCGGCGAAGGGGUCAGCGCCUUGGUCUGCGCGUUCCACCACGAAGUGCAGGUGCUGGCGCGGUUGACGCACCCCAACGUGGUGCGCCUGAUCGCGGCAUGCAUGACGCCGCCUCGCUUCUGCCUGGUCAUGGAGUUGAUGGACACCAACCUGGAGUCGCUCAUGCGGAAUGCGCCCGGCCGCCUGCUGCCCAUGAACACCGUGGUUGCCAUCGCGGUGGACGUGGCUCGAGGCCUGGAAUACAUCCACCCGACCAUCCUCCACAGAGACUUGAAGCCGGCCAAUGUGCUGAUUGGAGAUCCGUACGGCCCCAACCAAGUCGCCAAGCUGUCGGACUUUGGUCUCGCGCGGCUGUGCUCCUCAGUCCUGGUGACUCGACACCCGGAAGCUGGCACGCCCCCCUACAUGGCGCCAGAGUGCUUUGACGCCACCAGCAAGGUGCUGAGUCACCACGCCGACGCCUACUCGUUCGGGGUGCUGCUGUGGGCCAUGCUCACAGGGCUGGAGCCGUGGCAGGGGCUGAGCAUGGUGCGGCUGGCCUACAGGGUGGCCUGCGGCGGCGAGCGGCCGCCGCUGGACGCCAUCCCGCCCGACCGCCGGCCGCCCAAACUGCUGAAGCUUGUGGAGCAGUGCUGGCAGGCAGACCCACCGCGCCGGCCCGCGGCGGCUGAGAUGGUCAAGCAGCUGCUGCUGGCCCGGCAGAUGAUGUUUCGCGAGGCGGCGGCGCGGAAUGCUGAACACGGCGGAGGAUCGUGACAGGCCGGGGAGGCAGGGGGGCCGCCGUACGUCUGACGUGGCUGUGGCACCCGCCGAAGCCAGCGGCUGCUGCGCCCUGGGUGAGGCGGAUGUUAGGCUGCAGUAGUGCUGUGGUGAUGAGGGUUUGAAAGAUAUUCAUCCCGAACGAUUGCUUGGGAGGCGCGUAGCUUGUCGAAUUUUAGGGCAUGCGCUGACCUAAUACGAAUGGCUGCACAAGUCGCUCAUCAUUUCGGAUGCAUCGGAUGCGUUGCAAAGCAUUGUGUGACCGUCAAUCUGAAUUGCAAUCGCUUUGCUGAGGUACAAUUUUUAGUGUUGUGUGGGUGUGGGUGUGUGGGUAUGGGUGUGGGUGUGUGGGUGUGGGUGUGGGAGGGUCGCCGUUAUUGAGCUACUUUAUUAAGAACAUGCGAAGGUGAAGAGGAGGAGUCGCAUACUCAAACAAACUGUGUGAAUUGGAAACAAACUCUGUGAAUUGGUCUGUCCAUUACCGCCAGUAAUACUUCGCUCGUACGUUGAGGGAAGGACUUUAUGUGAUGGCCUCGUUGCGCGGUACCGGUAUGCGACACACCGCUAUUGUUGAACGUGUAUGGGGGGAUGCCCUAUUGUUUGUUUGGUGCUGCGCGGAAAACAGGGGCACGAGACCAACCGAUGACGCAUGGUACGGUAUUACCAUUGCACGCUGAGACAUCAUAAGAUGUGGACAUUCAUUAGAGGCAAGCCGAGAGCAGUACUGCGCAAGCAGUACUGCGCGCUUGGCGCAGUGAUGCUGGCAGACAGGCAAUGGAUAGGGACCACGGGCGUGUCUGCGAUUGCCGCAUUUAGGGGCAUAUGUGUUGAACGCGAGCGAGUGAAUGCAAGUAGAACGCCCUUUCGUAUGUGCGGCGGGCCGUUGGCUGCAGAACGGAUGUACGGUUGGCCAGGUUCACAGGCCUGGGGUCGUCCACAAGCUUGCACGAGCUUGCUGGGCUGCAAUCCCAGUUGUUGUUGGGUACGGUACAGUCAUACGCGCACUGGAGAUUCUGGUUCCCGUGCUGGUAUGCAAUGCUAAUGCCGCUGGUGGUGCAAUGCCGCUGGUGGUUGCAUGACAAAGACUCCUCCGCAAUACGUGUGUGUAGAUGGUCGUCCCGGUUAUCGCCUACCGUGUGCUGUUGGCGUAGGCUCGACAGAUGGAUGCGUCGUGUGGGAACGCGGCGACAAAGGCGGGAGCGAGUGAGAGCAACGGAAGCCCAAUCUUGGUGCAAGAUGCCCCCCGCCGGGCCGUGAGCCGUGCGAUUUACACGUCCCUGAUUUGCUCCGGGGGCUCAUCCCAAAACGAUAGGGUGUUAAGCGACGUCUGCACUUCCAGACGCACAUGGGGUCAUGGGCGCUGUGUCCUGUUGUGUCAAGGCAGUGGCGUCCCUUUCCCCUUGUGCUGUCCCAGGGGUCGUAUCUUGUUUUCGGGCCGCCGCCGCCGUCUUUUGUCUGGACACAAGGCGGUUUUGGGGCUUCUCCAUAGGAAUUCGGACAAAACCCGCCCCAAACCCGGGCCAACAAAGUCUCACCUCAGACAUUAGCCCCCGGGAGGAAUGUCUAGGAAACGACCAGGCCGAUUAAUGUCUGGAGACAUUAAGAUAGGAGCCCUGUGCUGUCCUUACUCACGACGUGGUGUUGGGGCAUGGGGUUGUGACGUGAUGGGUGGACUGGGGUUCGCUGAAGCGCGCUGCUGCGGAGGGGACAGGCACGCGCUCACACAGGGACCCAGUCUGCUGCUGCUGCUGCUGCUGCUGCUGUGGGAUCUGCAGGGACGUGCAUGCACUGCACCCAGAUGUCACAGACCAUGCCGUACUGUAGAGCUGCACAGACUCACUACGGACACAGGCGCCGCAGACCAGAGC